UUGUUGUUCUGUGUCAGACAAUCAUCACCUCAGCAAAGAUGGCAUCAGUCUUUCCGUUUGCUUUGUUGCUCUGUUUGUCCAUCGGACUGUUGGCUCCAUCUUGUCAUGGACAAACCUCCUGCCCAGGUCCCUGUCCUCCUGGUUGGACUCAGUUCGGCUCUCGCUGUUUCAGUUUCAACUUCCAAGGAAAGAAUUGGAUCGAUGCAGAGAGCUUCUGCAAGGCCGCCGGUGGGAAUCUGGCUUCAGUCCACUCAGAAGAGGAACACGUAUUCCUCAAAGCCUACAUUAACCAAGUGACCGGUGCAAACGGACGGGCCUGGAUUGGAGGCUUUGACUCAGUGAAGAAGGGCGUGUGGAUGUGGUCUGAUGGAUCCACAUUUGACUACAAAAACUGGGAUGUGGGGCAGCCUGACAACUUCGAUGGAGAAGAGAACUGUCUUGAGAUGAACUAUCAGGGAAGGAACUGGAACGACGCGCCGUGUGCCCGUACUACAGUAAUAAUAUUUCCUUUCCUGUGCUCCAAGAACCUGUGAGGUCUCCAUCAUGAUGUCACUACAGCUCAUCUAUAAUCUCUAUCAUUGAUUCACUUUCAGUUUGUUCUGCAGACAGAAACAGCUCUCUGCUGACAGACUCACUUUCACUUGUUUAUUUUCUGAAGAGUUAGGAAACGGUUCACACUUGAGUUUUAACAUUAGAAGGAAACUGACUCUCUGAGCUGGACAAAAACAUAAUCAGUUAUUGGACUUUUAAUCUAGUAAAUAACACA